AUGUCUUCAGAUACUCCUGAUUUCUAUAAAGGUGAAAAAAUUUUAAUCAAAGAAAUGAGAUACACAGAAUCAAGUAUUAAAGAUAUGCCAAAUACUGAUGAAAUGAUAAUAGACAGCUUUACUCUACAUCAAUUUAAGAUACUGAAGUUCACCUACAAUUAUCCUGCACUUGAAAAUGAUAAAGUUAUAGAAAAAAUAUAUUAUUUUGGACCAAUGAAAGAUGAUUAUAACUUUCCAAAUCAGGACAUAUUAUAUCUGGCAAAUGAAACGUCUAUUAAACCAAAUUGUACCAUUAAUGGAAUCACAUAUGGAUAUUUUAAUUCAAUUAUAUAUGAAAAUGAAACUAUUAAAUUAAAUGAAUUUAUUAAUAAUAAAAAGAAUAAUUUUGAACGUUCUGGAGAUUAUAUUAUUUUAAAAAAUAAUAAAACCAACAUGAUAUCUUUAAUGUGCCGUUAUAUUACUCUUACUGGAAGUGUUACUUUAACUCAAACAUUUAUUAAAGGAAAAAAAGUAUUUAUGGGAAAAAAUAAAAAAGGAGAAGAUAUAUAUAAAAUUUUAUCACAAACUGAUGCAUCAGAAUAUGAAAAAAAAAUGGCUGAUAAAAAAAAAGAAAUGGAAUCUAUGAAAAAAUCUUUUAUUGAUAAAUUAAUUGAUUAUAUUGGUAUUGGUGGUACAUAUGGUCUUAUUGGUGGUAUAUGUCUAUUUAUUAUUAUUAUUAUAAUAAUUAUUAUUAUAUUAUGUUAUUUCAAAUCAAUUAAACCACGUCUUAUCAGAAAAAAAAUUCAAAAAACAUAUCCUAAUAUAUUUGAAUUAUGGAAUGAUAUAUCACAACAAAAAUUAGAAAAAUAUUCACAAAUUGGUGUUAAAAGAGAUUAUGUUGCUGAUUGUGAACGAGGCCAUGAUUACAAAAAAACAUGUGAAGGUUUUGAAGAAAUAUUUAUUGAUACAACAUCUUUAUUUGAUAAAUAUUUAGUCAAUUGUUAUAAAAAUAUUAAUGGAACAAUAACUGCCUAUUAUAUUGAUAAAAUAUCACCACAAAAAAAAUAUAUCAUUUCUGAUGGACCAUCAAAUAAUAAUAUUAAUUAUUUUUGGGAAUUAUUGUAUCGUGAAAAUGUUAAAGUUAUUGUGGCAUUUAUUGAUAUUGAAGAUGACAAUGUAAAUUAUUGGCCAAAAAAAUCUUCACAAAAAUAUGGUAAUAUUAAUGUUGAAUUUAUUAAAAAUUUGUCUGCUAAUGAUAUUUCACAUUUAUCUAUUUAUCAUUUUCAAAUGACUGUUGAUGUUGGUAAACCUAAAGAAAUAACAUUAUUUCAUAUUAAUAAUUGGAAAGAACAUGAAAUACCUAAAACUGAUUUAUAUAUUACAAAAUUAUAUGAUGUUAUUUCUUCAUAUUCAGGCAAUAAUAUUACACUUAUUCAUUCAUCAAAACAGCCUGAUUCACGUUCAUAUAUUUACCUAUACUUUUCUUGUGUCUAUGAAGUUAUGAAAGAAAAAAAGAAUAUAUCUAAUCCUAUGGAAAUUAUUAAAGAUAUUCGUGAAAAUUUUUAUGGUGGUAGUAUUUCUGCUAUUGAAUAUGCAUUUAUUAUCAAGUCACUUAUAUCAUAUUUUAUGGAAAAAAAUAUGCUUCUUGAUUUAAUUAACCAUCGUUUAGAAUUUAAUGAGCAAUAUAAAAAAUAUAAAUACAAGUAUGAUUCACGUAAUAUUUAUAAGGAUGAAAAAGUUAAAUAUUUUAUCAGAUUUGUUAAUAUGAUUGAUCGCGGAAAAUUAAGAUAUCUCUAUGAUAAAUUUAUCAUAACAAAAAAAGUUGAUAAAAAAUAUAUUACCAAAAAAUGUUCCCGUUUUUAUGCUAUACUUCAAACUCCUAAUAAAACCAAAAUACGUCAUCCAGAAUUACCAUGUUAUGAUAAGCAUUCAAUAAAUAUUGGAGAAAAAGAUUCUACUAAUGUUGAAGGAUUUAUUCAUGCUAAUGAAAUGAUUUAUAAAUAUGGUAAUGGUAAAGAAAGAAAAAUUAUCAUGUGUCAGGCACUUGUAAGAGAAACUGUUGAUGAUACAUUUGAUAUGUUUUAUAGAUAUCGUGUUAAAGUUGUUGUUUUACUUGUAAGUAAAGAAGAAAUUGAUGUUUUAGAUAAAUGUCAUUUCAAAUCAUAUCCUGAUAUUAAUAAAUUUGUCCAAUCACUUAAUUAUAUUCUUAUAAAUAGAACUAGUAUUAUUGAUAAAAAUAGUUGCUUCUAUGAACAUGAUUGUGAACUCCAACAUAUAGCCACAAAAAAAACAUUACUAUUGAAAUUAAUUCAAUAUAUGGAUUGGCCUAAUAAAAAUAUACCUGUUGAUAGAAAAACAUUAUAUGGAUUAUAUAAAAGAGCUGUUGAAUUAUGUAAAAAUGAUUAUUUGGUAAUACAGUGUAGUUCAGGUGUUGGAAAAUCUGGUACACUUGCAAUGAUCAUCCACAUGAUUGAUACAAUCGACAAGGAAAACCCAUUUGAUCUCUUCAAAAGUUUGGACUUUAUAAGAGAACAUCGUUAUAAAGGAGUCCAAACUAUAAGUCAAUUUUUCCUGGCUUUAUGUAUUCUUUAUCAACAUUUUAAAGAUGAAAUUAAAUUUGUUGAUGGAAAAUUAUAUGAUUAA